UCUCUCUCUCUCUUUCUCUGGCUCUUACGUCUCAAACAUGCUCUUGAAGAAAUGUUGAGUAUCACAAAAAUUUUAGGGUCUUCCUUGGACAGUGUCAAUUAUCGAUAAAGUCGUGAGUGAAGAAACGAUCUACAACCAUUUGUGUAUUUAAAAUCAGAACGUCAUGAAUUUUGAUGGUUAAACAUAUGACCGACCGGUCGUCUCUCAACCCUACAUCAUGGACCUUAUUAUCGGACGUAGUGCGAGAUUCGCGAAUCUCAUUUUGAGAAACACACCUUGCUACAUUUCCAAAGUAUCCACGGGACCAGUUCGUUGUUUGUGUCAGUGCAACAAUAAGCUGCAAGGUGCAAAGGUUUAUGAGUCAAAUAUACAAUGGCGGAUCAUAACAGGAAAUAAUCAUUUUCCUGCGAAUGUUAUUCUCACCCGGAUAAAUUUUUCUGAUCAUUUAUUUUAUCGUUGUUCUAACGGCUAUGCAACGGCUCCAUCAGAGAAACCAAAUGAUGCUUGCUACGAGCCUCCACUUGAAAAAAAACCAUCAGUUUUUCAGAAAAUGAAACAAAUGACCAAAGAUUAUUGGCACAUUCUCAUUCCUGUGCACGUUGUUACCUCUAUCGGUUGGAUUUCAAUAUUUUACAUGGCUGCCAAAAAUGGUGUUGACAUUAUCAGAAUACUAGAAGCCAUGAAUCUUAGUGAAAGAUACUUGGAUAUAUUGAGAGGUUCCAAUGCUGGACAUUGGGCAGUCGCUUACGCUCUUUAUAAAUUGUUCACGCCUAUAAGAUAUACAGUAACAGUGGGUGGUACAACAAUGAGUAUAAGAUGGUUAAACAAAUGGGGAUAUCUCAAGUUUAAGCCACGUUCAACCGUCAAGACUGUCCGUAAGAUGUCAACUAGGGAACGCAAUCGGAAGAAUGCGCGGUGGCUCACAAAGAAAAAUACCUUAAAGCAACGUUCAAGAAUCAGCAACAAACAGAACCGCCAAAAACUUAGCGGUUAAAUACGAAUCUGCACACGAAGCCAGAUUUUAACAAGAAAAGAAAAUAUCAAGAACGAAGUAUUGUGCGAUUUCGUCUUUAGCAACAAAUUGUUUCACGCCCUGAUAUCAGACCACUUGAAGUAAUCGAUCUUUGAGCGUAUAUAUGCAAUGUUAUACAUAUAUAUACAUAUAUUAUCAUACUAUCAUAAUAUAAUGUACAUAUUAAUACUAACUUUUCAGAUAUAAAAUUUCCACCCAUCUUUUGUUUUCAGAUAUCGUUAAUGUAUAUAAAUAUUGUACAUCCAUUUAAUAUGACUAUAUAUGUAUAUAUAUAUAUAUAUAUGUAUAUAUGUCGACAUAACAGAAUCAGUAAUUAAAAAAUCCAGAUAGUUUCAGUAUUUAUUUAAAAAAAAAAUAAUAAUAAUAAAAAAUAAACUGGUAAUUCACCUUCGCGUACAUUCAUUUAAAUAAAAAUUGUACUUUUAUCUACAAAUUACUUCCUACUUAAAGUUCUGAGAUAAUAGCAUACGAGAUAAUUACAGAUAUUAUUGUAUUUUCAAUAGGUCAGUGUUAGACAACAAUGAAACAUUUGUUUUGGCAGCUUGAUUUGUGCGUACAUAAAUCGUUUGUCAUAGCAACAAAAGUUGCUUCGUUUCUUUUUCUCUCCAUAUGAGCAUAAAGUUUUCGUGAGGUUUGGGUUAUCUCAUUACAUUAUUUUGUGGAUAAAUUGCGAGUUUCUCAGAGUUUCAGUUGAUACGGUUAUACGAAUUGUUAUAAAUAUAUGGAGACAACAUUGCCCACUUUCAGUGCGGUGAUUAGGCGCUAGUAAGUAAUACGAACAUUUUUUGGAAUAUCACAAAACUGACAUCGAGAAUAACGAAGAAUAAUAAGUUGUUAUCGAUUCGAAAUAAAAAAGUAUAAACGUCGCUGGUACUUAAUUUAUAAUCUUGCGUCGUAGGUAUCGGUUUUGUUUUUCUCUCCAUUAUUAUUCGUAAUAUAUUAAAAUGGAGUAGUUUAUGCCUUUUUUAAAUAUUAUUGUAUAAUUUGUGUUCACGAUGAAAGAACGUGCGUCGAGGUUUUUCACGCCCGAGAAAUGUUUGAAAAUAAUUGUUGUUUUCAUAUUUCCCAAGCAGUUGGUGAAAGACAAUCCAAACAGUGGUCCGGGCCGAAAAAUCUUAUUCGCUGACCGAAAAUAAAAAAGUUUUUCCACGAAGGAUAAACGGUGGGAGUUUUGGAAUGUAAUAGUGACACAAAAAAUAUCUCUUAGACAUAAAUAUACAUGACGAUUCCAGAGUGGUUA